UUUUUCGUUAAAGUUGUAUAAAUUCUAGCCCUAGGGUUCAAAAAUUCUGAAGACACCCAACUUAUCGUUUUUAUAAAUUCCCCAUGUGUGGACUGAGCUCCUCGUAAUUCACGACAACAAUUUGCGGGGCUUCGCUUUUGGCUGCGUGUGAUAUCUUCCAUGUCAGUGUCGCAUUGUGAGAGUGGGAACACAGGGUUGCAUGCGGGUGGUUGCGCGUCUGCAAGGUCGUACUCGCUUCUGGGCUCGGCGACGGAGCCAUGGCGGUUAAGAAGGCGUGCGAGUCGUUCUCAAAGAGCUUGAUCGACGAGGUGCAGAGAUGGGGCUGUAUGAAGCAGACGGGGGUGAGCCUCAGGUACAUGAUGGAGUUCGGGUCCCGGCCCACGCAGCGGAAUUUCAUAAUCUCGGCGCAGUUUCUGCACAAGGAGCUCCCCAUUCGGAUUGCCAGGCGGGCGACCGAGCUCGAGAGCCUCCCUUACGGCUUGUCUGAGAAACCUGCCGUUUUGAAGGUACGGGACUGGUAUUUGGAUUCCUUCCGUGAUCUUAGAACCUUUCCUGAUAUCAAGGAUGCUAAAGAUGAGAAGGAUUUUACCCAAAUGAUUAAGGCGAUUAAGGUGAGACACAACAAUGUUGUCCCGAUGAUGGCUUUGGGUGUUCAGCAGUUGAAGAAAGAGAAGAUUCUACAUGACGAUCUUGAUGAGAUUCACCAAUUUUUGGAUCGCUUCUACAUGUCAAGAAUUGGGAUUCGCAUGCUCAUUGGCCAGCAUGUUGAGUUGCACAAUCCCAAUCCCCCUCCUCAUUGCGUGGGUUAUAUCGAUACAAAGAUGUCGCCCAUGGAGGUAGCACAAAAUGCCACUGAGGAUGCCCGCUCAAUCUGCCUACGUGAGUAUGGCAGUGCACCUAAUGUUACUAUCUAUGGGGAUCCCAAUUUUACAUUCCCGUAUGUUCCAACACACUUGCAUACUAUGGUCUUUGAGUUGGUUAAGAACUCCUUACGUGCCGUCCAAGAGCGUUUCAUGGACUCGGAUAAAGUUGCACCUCCUGUUAGAAUAAUAGUGGCUGAUGGAAUUGAGGAUGUCACUAUCAAGGUCUCGGAUGAGGGGGGUGGCAUACCAAGAAGUGGUCUCCCCAAGAUUUUUACAUAUCUUUACAGCACUGCAAAUAGCCAUUUGGAUGAGCAUUCAGAUCUUUCGGACGCUGAUGCAGUUACAAUGGCUGGAUAUGGAUAUGGGCUUCCUAUUAGCCGCUUGUAUGCUAUGUACUUUGGAGGGGAUUUACAAAUGAUCUCUAUGGAAGGAUAUGAGUCACCUGUCGUCGUCUUUUUGCCUCAUUUGCACCGUGCUUCAUCCACAUUUUCAAGCUCGUCGUGUUUAGAAUACUUGUACAUGAUCGUGCAGGACUUUCCCUUCUGAGAGUCGAAGGGUUAGUUCUUAUACACUUCAAUUACACCGUAUUCUAUAAUUUCAAAUUUUAACUGAAUAAACACGUGCAUCUUGAUCUCUCUUUAACAUCACCUGUCAUUUUCUUUCACUUCAUCCGCCGAUAUCUUCUCA